AUGGAUGAGGUCAAAGCCACUGGACAGGAGCUCUUUCAGCAAGUUUGUGAUUUAGUGAAGAUUAAAGAGCCUCACUUCUUUGGCCUCAGCAUUGUUAAAAAUAAUGAGUAUGUUUUCAUUGACCUGGAGCAGAAGCUUAGCAAAUACUUCUCAAAGGAAUGGAAGAAAGAGACCAACAAAGGAACAGAGAAAUUCAGCCCUCCUUUUGUUGCAUUCUUUAGAGUACAAUACUAUGUAGAAAAUGGAAGGGUAAUAAGUGACAAGGUGGCAAGGCAGCUUUACUACUGUCAUCUCAAAGAGCAAGUGCUCAUGUCUCGGUGCAGCCACAAAGAAGAGAUCUACUUCCUGCUGGCUGCCUACAGCUUGCAGGCAGACUUGGGCAACUACAGGGAAGAGGUCCAUACUGGGAAAUAUUUUGAACCUCAGGCAUAUUUCCCGCAAUGGAUAAUUGCAAAGAGGGGGAGUGACUACAUCUUGAAACAUGCCCCAGAGAUGCACCGAGAACAGCAAGGCCUGAGUGCAAAGGAAGCUGUGCUGAAGUUCAUCAAGGAGUCCUGCUUGUUGGAAGAUGUGCCUGUCCACUUCUACAGGCUGCAGAAGGAUAAGAAGGAGGAUCGCCCAACAGUUAUCCUGGGCCUGACCCUUAGAGGAAUGCACAUCUAUCAGGGGAAAAAAUUUGAGAUCCAGCCAGACGGUUUGCCCUCUGCACGGAAACUAGUUUACUACACAGGUUGCCCCUUCAGGUCACGGCACUUGCUGCAGCUCCUCAGCAACAGCCACCGGCUCUUUCUGAAUAUCCAGCCAGUGUUGAAGCAGAUCCAAAAACUGGAGGAGGCUGAAGAGAAGAAGCGCUACCGGGAGUCCUAUAUCAGCGACACGCUGGACAUGGACCUGGACCCGUGCGACAAGAACUCGCGCGGCAGCGGGAGCAGCGUGGGCAGCCGGAGGGAUAACCGCCUCUCGCGCCAGUCCACGGGGAGCCACGGCAGCUCUCACACCUCGGGCAUUGAGGCUGACUCGAGGCACCGAGUGUCAGUGGAAAUGUCGGUGGAUGAGCCCUUCGGCAUCGACCGAGUGCACAGGAAAGAGAAAUCCUGCAGCUCAACCAUCAGCUACGGUAGCUCUGGCAUUGACAGUGGCAGUAAAGGGAGGGCUGAAGAUGACUCUCAGGAUGAUGAUCUUGAGCUGGCAGUAGAUGAGCCAGAGGAGGUGCCUGUAGAUGAGCCUUUAGAGAGAGACCAGUUAGAGGAGACCACUGUGGAAGAAUCUGUUGAAUCUCUUCCUCUGGAUGCUGCUAGCUGCCAAGCUGUAAAUCAGGAGUCACUGUCUGUGGUGCAAGUCACACUAAUAAAAAUGAGAGGUCAAAGUGUGGAGUCCCUUCAUCAGGUCAAAUCGCCCAAAGGCAGGAGCUGCACGGACCAGCACAGCCAGAGUUUGGAUGACAUCCGCCUUUACCAGCACCGGCACCCGCCACUGAGUGCCACGCUAUCUUCGGACACGUCCCACAGCUACACGUUCGGCUGCAGCCUGGAGGAUAAGCUGUCUAUCUACGGCUGCGUUUAUUCCACAGCGGACUGCAAAACCAAAUCUGCCCUUUACGGGAAGCGAUCCAUGAACUGCCUCUCCUUGGAUCUGCUGGGAGAGGACCAGCUGCCAGAGGAGUUCGUGGUGUAAUGAGAUUGGAGCUCUUCCAUACCAGGAAACAGCACACCAUGGAAAUAUAUACCUCAUUAACACGUGUGAUGUCACUGGGUCUUGCAGGAGAUUGAGCAGCUUUGUUACUCAACUCCGUAAUCAGUAAGUGGCAUCGCUUCUGCAGACCUGACUACAGGGCAAAUCAGCUGGAGUGUAGCACUUAAUGUUGGCAUUGGGAGGGUCUGUUAAGCAGAAAAUGGAAGUGGGCUGCACCAUUAGUAGGGACCAAAAAAAACACCAAAACAACCCAAAACUGGACCAAAAUUGAUACUGAGCUGGUGAAACAAACCUUGUGUCUGAAUUGAUUUAUCAGAAAGAUAUUUACAAGGUCCAUGGCUGUUUAGCUUCCUGCUUUUCUCUUGUGGUCCAUUUAUGUUAAUGCUACUGUACAAAUAGUUUGGUUGUCUUGAGCUUGUGCUGCUGCAACACUGCCAGCAGCUGUCAGGCCAGGAUAUACUCUGAGCGUAUUUGGAUGUCUGUGUAUGGAAAAGUCUAGCCUUUUCUGAUUGUAAUGCACAGAAGUUGCCUGUUUGCUUUACUGGGAGCAAAACUUGCUCUGCCACGAGUUUUUCUUGUUUUGUUUUGUUUUGUUGUUGUUGUUUUGUUUUGAUGUAAGCAUCCAGCCAAAUACAAUGUAGGUUCUGUGUUUUAUUUUAUUUUUUAAUGCAACAAAUGGAACUGUCUGUCAGCUGUCUCUACUACUGCCAUGGUAUAGAUUGGUAAAUAAAUCCCUAUAUCCUUGGGAGAGAGAGGGGGGAAGGGAUGAAACAAACAGACAUCUGUGAGCGUACAGAGGACAAAUAAGAGCACUAAAUGACUGGCUCUUGAAGACAGGAGUGUGACUGGAGAAUUUGUCCGGGCAUGAUCACCCCUUAAGUUGAAUCAUACUUUUUAUGUUGUUCUUUAUUUUUCAUAAAACUAUUCCUUAGAAUUUUUUACUCUGCGUUGGGGGGCAAGUGUGGACUGGAGAAAGUCGCUUUGGAUAGGCAAAGUUCCUAGUGGCUGUGUUCAACUUUGUCCUGCAUGGGUCAUGCAGGUGUGCGUGAGCGAUGCUGUAGGGCCUGUGAUGAUGGAGGCACGGGGGAGAUCGAACCGGGGGUAUUUUAUUGGGUGAUUUUGAGUCCCGUGGAGCUGGCCAUGCUGGCUCUUGCCAGGAAAAUAGCUGUAAUUAUGCUGUUUGAUUAAGGCAUUUGUCUGGUGUGGAAAACACCCUGCUGCCCUGUUACAUCCAAAUAAAUGUAUAGUUUUUUGAUUUCCUUCCCUGUCUUCCCCCGCUGUUAGUACCCCCUCCCCAUCAAUUCCCAACAUUUGGGAAGCUUGUACUUAGAUCCAUACAUAACCUGCUUUGGACAGCAGGUGGACACUAACUGGUUUUUAUGGCAAACUAGAAGCCGAAUGAUGCUGUUGUGCUGAUUGGGGACGUAUGUUGUACAGUGUUGAUCAAUCAGAAGAUGAAGAUGGCUGCUUUGGGAAAGGAAGGAGGUCAGACCACAACGAGGGAGGGCUCAAGCUGCUGCUUUGACAGGCUUAGCAGUUGUCUGGUGAAUUGCAUUCCCGUACACUAUCAAAAUAGCAAAUCUGUGGUCUGUCAUCUCACUGUUUCUAUGCAAGCGAAUGCGGUGUAGAGACAACAUCAGGCCGCCAGAUGCACCUGUAUUUGCUGAAGUGACAUCAGUGGCUGUACAUCCUCGUAGACGAAUCUAGCACAAACUGUUAGC